GGCUGCGGUUGUCCUCACUUCGGUGAUAGCUUGAGAUAUAAUUAAGUGACUUAUGCCGUAAAAUAGCCAAUCUUGGUUUUAUUUUUGAUCAUUUACGAUCUAGUUCGUGUUCUAUUGUUAAUUUCUUAUUAUCAUCGAGGAUACCACGUAUUGUAAAUUCAAUAAUUCACAAAUUAUGAAAACGACAUGGCGGACUUAUAAUCGACCAAUGAGGAGCCAGCAUUAAGCGUUUCAGAAUUGCAUGUACUCGCAUUUCGCGUCAUUAGUUUUUGGUGCAUUCUUUACGUAUAGAAAAUCGAAAUCUCUACUUGUAUCAGUGGAUUGAUUUGCUUUUUACUUUCUUGUGAAGAUACUCUUAAAAGUGGUGACUUGAAAGCGUUGUGACUUUUAAUUUGCGUGAAGCUUUACAAACGGCUGGAAUCAUGAGUGCGAUGGAUUUAGGAUGAACUGAAAUAUUUUAUCAUCUUGUUUUUGUAAACAUCACUAUGUUUUUGCUAUACACGUGCAAAACAGUACAUAAUUGACAGUUAGUGUUAAUGAUGUCGGGGAGAGGUGCUAAAAAACGCGGGAGACCCCCGAAAUCCGGAAAUUUUGAGAAAAACAGAAAGUUUCAGUAUCAUUUAUUAAAAAAACCUAAAUAUUUACAAGCCCAAAAUGUGGGUUCUGGAUCUCUGGCUAGCACGCCAACUGCAUCGCGAGCAUCAUCACCACAAGGCAGUGAUAUAAGCAGACGCAGUACACGAAAACAAAGAGGUGGAAAAACUCACAAAUCGAAACGAGGCGGUUUGUCCAGUGCAUAUUCUCGCAGAGGGUACAAUCCUCAUGCAGCAGACUACCAUGAAUCGGAGUAUCAUUAUGGUUCGGAUUUCGGCGAUAGUAGUGACAGAUCUGAGCCCGAGGAAGACCGCGGUAGCGAGAGUUCUGAAGCGUCAGUUGCCGAUGGCAACGCCAGUGACAGUGAUUUCUCGGUGAGCAGCUACAGCACGACGGGAGGUACUCCUCGGAAGGCCGCCGCCAACGUACUGAGGCCGCCGAGUCCCGACCCACUGUGGCUGCAGCAAGAAAGACAGAUUCCUCCACUUGGAUUGCCUCAAUCCUCUGAUGAUUUAAUCAUCCCUCAAAACCUUGUUUUACAAGUAGUUGGUAUAUAUGAAGUAUUGCGUCACUUUAGACACCUGGUUAGGUUGUCUCCAUUUCGUGUGGAGGACCUGUGUGCAGCUGUGAGUUGUGAAGACCAAAGCAAUCUUCUCAUAGAAAUUCAUAUAAUGUUAUUAAAGGCCCUACUCCGAGAAGAAGAUGCUCAACAGACACAUUUUGGACCUCUAGACCACAAAGACAGUGUAAACAUCACCCUGUUUCUUCUAGAUGUCAUGACCUGGCCAGAAGUGCUCAGGGUAUAUAUUGAAAGUGAUAAAACUUUUGAUAAGAAUGUGGUUAAAAUUGUCAAUUCCUGUGAAUAUCCAUUUACUAAUGCAGAAGACCGUCUAGCAGUGCUACAGUUCCUGUGUAAUCAAUUUUUAAUAACAAACCCAGUGCGAGAUGAUUUACUCAGUGAAGUGCCUAUUCAUUAUGACGACCACUGCAGGGUUUGCCAUCGAUUAGGCGAUCUGCUAUGCUGUGAAACUUGCCCAGCUGUUUAUCACUUAGAAUGUGUUGACCCUCCUUUAGUUGAUGUACCUUCUGAAGACUGGCAAUGUGCUCUCUGUAGACAACACAAGACAUUAGGUGUCACAGACUGCUUACCAGAUGCUGAAAAACAAGGCUUACUUUGUCGUCAUGAACACUUAGGCUUUGAUAGACAUGGUCGGAAGUAUUGGUUUAUUGCGCGUCGCAUAUUUGUUGAGGCUGAAAAUGGUGAGGUCUGGUACUAUUCUUCUCCACAACAACUGCGAGAAUUAAUGGAUGUACUAGAUGCUGAUGAGAUGGAAACUCCUUUGGUGCGUGAACUGCUGGAAAUGGAACAAGAAAUCGUCAGACAAAUGACUAUUACUGAAAAAUUAACUAAUCAAGCAAAAGGCAAUCGCAAGUCUUAUUUGGAAGUUGAAAACACAAACAUCCUGAAACAAAAACAAAAGAGGCAAGAACAGAGAGAACAAGAACAAAAUGUGGGGCUCAGAAUAGAAGAUGACAAAGAAGUACCUGAACCAUCACUUGUGUCCGAUGGUGAUGUUGAAAAUGAAGUUACAGUCACCACUGAAGAUCCUCCAUUAGAUUAUGAUGAUAGUGAUAUGAAAGAUGAUGAUGAUUGUAAGAAAAAUAAAAUGAAUGCAGCUAAUAAACUAAAAACUCCAAGCCAAAAGAAAACUGAAGAAAUUACAGAGCGGCUAACAAGGUUAAAAUCAAAUCAAAUAUCAAAUGGGACUUACUUGUUUAAAUUAGGAAAUGAAAAUAACUUUAAAAAUUAUGUCAACCAGUAUACUACAAAUCCAUUGGCAUUGAAUAAGCCCCAAAGAAAUGAAGAAAGAGACAAAAAACGUUAUAUGUCCCACAAGUUUUCCCUUUCAUGUGGACAAGAUUUUAAAUGGAUUGGACUGUUGAAUGCUACUAAACCUUUACUAGUGGCAACACUGAGACAAACAUUGUUACAAUUAGAAUCUAAUAUUGUGGUGCAAUUUAUGCAUCCUAAUUGGACUCUAUUGAGGAAGCCAUGGGUGCAGGCCGUUCAACUAUGUCAAGCACCUAGGGACUUUGCUAGAGCUUUAUGUGUAUUGCAGGCAUGUAUCAAAAGUGUUGUAUGGGCUCCAGCUUGGCAUGAACAAUUAGGUCAUGUCAGACUUAUUCGGACAACUGCUGUUGAACGUGAGGAACGAAAGAAACUUGACAAAAGAGAGAAAAAGGAGAGAGACGAAGAAGAGGAGAGAAAUAGAACUGCAUACAAUUUCGUGAAAUACUCUUUAGGUCUUCGACAUCAGGUAUGGAAGCAAAAAGGUGAAGAAUAUAGAAUUCAUGGCCAGUGGGGUUGGUUAUGGAACUCUACCACAAGAAAGUUCAAAAAGCAAAGUUCUAAUUUAAAACCAAGUCUCUACCAAGGCCCAGCAAAAAUCGCUGUUAGAGUCAGAGAAGGAAGCAUUAUCAAAGUGUUGGCAGUUGAACCAAAAACAUAUGAAUACCUCAUGUCUAAUGAGACUGCUAAUAAUGAAGUACUCGGAAAACUGCCUCCCUCAAUGAGAAACUUGAAGGUAGAAAAAAAUGAAGAUGAAGAUUUUGAAGAAAUUGAUGUGGAAAAAGCUUUAAGUUCAUCAACAAGAAGAUAUUACCCCAGGAUAGCUAGGAAAUCGAAACUUGACGACUUUCUGGCAAGACGCACGUAUUUGAAGUUCAUGGAAGAAAAGAAGCUUACAAACUUAUUAGCUAAUGUAAAGAAAGAAGAAACAGAUGUAAAAAGUGAAGAAGAGAGAAACAUUGAUGUAGAAAAUGACGAACCUGAGCAGGAUGAGCCACCUCUCAUUGCACCGUCCAAUGAAAUAAAGAACAACACUGUUAAUCUUGCAGUUGCGAAAAACAUUGACAGUUUGAGAGAUCAAUAUGUGAAAUUGACUCGAUUGACUAAACAUUUUAAAUGUUACUCAUUUGGAUGCAAUAAAAUAGAGGCUGCUAAUUUGCUUCAAGGUUCAGGAGUGAAAUUAAAUUGCUACUCUCCCUUAUGCAUCAAAAAAGAGAGAAUACUAAAUGAAUUACUGACACUUAUAAAGGGAAGUAAAAUAGUUAAUUCUACUAGCAAUCUUAUCAAUUCAAAUGAUAAUAACAAGAUGUCUAUUCUUGAACAAUAUUUACUGGGAAAAAGUUCAAUUAAUGCUGUGAGCACGAAUGAAAAUAUUCUUUCUGAUCUACUAUCAGCAGUGGCUUGCGCUCAAGAAUGUGACAACAAAAGCACAGAUAGCUUUGUAAAAAGAAAAUUUAGUGAAGAUUGUGAUGUAAGCGUUAAGACUGAAAAACCGGACGAAGGGAGUGCUUGUCUCCUUAAGACUGAGAGCACUCUUGAAGAGUCUGCCGUGCCCGCUGUGGGUAAUGAAAUGGACAUCGAUAUUACGUGCAAUAACAAUGAUGAGAACGAAGUUGAAAUAGGACCUUUAAAAGAAUUGACAGACUGUGAUCCUCAACAGGAUGAUGCCCGUGAAGGGGAUUCUGAUCAAUCUCGUCCUCCAAUACCAAAACUACGAAUCACUAGAGGAAGGUCGGCGAAGCCCACCCCUAGUAAAGUAAGUAAUAACAACAACGGGAAUGAUUACAAGUGCUCCGUAACUCCAGCGAAGGAUAGCGCGCCAAAAUACCGUGCGACGGUCAACAGACGCUUCGGUCAAACUAGGCCUGUGAAAAGAGAAGACAGACAGAUAAAGGAAGAAAAAACGGAAGGCGGUUUCGUUAGAGUUUACUCUACCGAAAAUCCUUGCAGUAAAGUGUAUUUAAAAAGAGUUCAAACGUCAGCCGUGGAAAAGAAGAAGAAACGAACGCCUGUAAAAUAUCCAUUGUGUUCCACAUUUCAUACCAGAAGUAAAGCCAAGACUAUUAUGGUCUUGCCACAUCACGAGCUAAGGAAGCUAUGUAGACAAGCCGGGCUUAAUACUGUGUCAGGGUUCAGUCAUAACGCGAAGCCUAAUCAAGCCGUCUGGCCGUACCCGUGCGCUAGACCUCUAUUUAAAACUUGUUGGCUGUAUCGCACGGUCAAUCUGCAAUGGCUCGCCAGCGCGGCCUUACAACUCCGAGUUAUGUGGGCCUGCUUACGAUGGGACGAUAUGGCGGCUAAACCGGCUACAGCGGACGGCAAGCACCAAUUAACCACCGACACUGAAAUAGUGUCCCUAGAGUUGUUAAAACACCGACACAUUGGACAGUUUUCGGAGCGGACGCAAUAUCUCAGGCGGCGAGUCGUUAUUCCACUGGAACUGCCGAAAACCGUACGAGAAGUGACGUCUAUUCGCAGCGGAUUAAGGAAACGAAAGCGAGCCGAAUCCCCGCAAAACACCGAACCGCAGGUAUCUGAGGAAUGGGUGGACGAGGACAAGCUGGAGCUGUGGGAGGUGCGGCAGUACGGCGAGCGUGCGGAGCGGGUGACGCCGGUGACGCGCACGUCCACGGGCAAGCUGCCGCCGCGCGCGCCGCCCGCCGCCGCCGCCGCCGACCUCAAGGACAAGAUGGAGCAGCAGCUGCGCGAGCAACGCGCCGCGCACCAGCAGAAGAGGGCACUCGAGAUGUCGCAAGAUAAAUCGAAAACCCCGGCUACUCCUAAUGCAGGAAAAAGUACAUUAACAUCUUUAUUAACUACCAACGUGAGCACACCCACUGGUCAAAAAACAGUCAUAGGAACGAGACGAAUUAUCAUGACCAAAGGAGCCGAUGGUACUACAAGAGUGGUCAGUCAACCCAUUUCGACGGCAAAGACACCACAACCGAUUGAAGCCGCUAAAGCCAAUACUCCGGUUCAAAAAGAAGGUCCGCAGAAGGUUCAAAUUAUACGAGCCCCAGACGGAAAACUGACUGUUCGGGGCCUACUCGCCGGCCAGCAGCUGAUACAGAUGCCGGACGGAAAACUCCACGUAGUCAUGGCGGGACAGCAAGGUAUAGCCGGCCACUUGGUGGCGGCGUCCUCGCCCGCGCCCAAAACCGAUACCCCUCCAGUCGAAAAUACAGAUAGGCUGAUGACUCAGCCGAAACCCGCGGUCGAGGAGCCCAAGCCGCAAACUCGAGUAGCUGCACAACAAAUAGUGUUACAAGGCAACCGGCAAAUAGUCGUCCAACCCGCUCAACAAGUAGUCGUCCAGUCGACUCCGCGGCCUAAUAUGCAACCUCGCCUACAGACAGUGCUGGUGCAAGGACAGAUAAUGCAGCGGCAGGUGGCCCCGGCGCCGGCGCCCCGGCCCGCGCCGCUGCCGCCGCCGCCGCGGCCGCGGGCGCCCUCCACCCAGCAGAUCGUCGUCAACAACCCCGUGCUCGUGCAGCAGAUCGCGGCCGGCAAGAUCCAGCUCGCCACCGUUAACGGGCAGCAAGUGCUGAUUCGGCCUACCGGCAACAACCAGGCGCAGAUCGUGGCGCAUAUAGGGCAAAGUCCGAUGCCGGCGGCGGCGCCCUCGCCGGCGCCCGUGCAGCGGCCCGUCGUGGCGCCCGCCGCGCCGCCGCCCCCGCCGCCGCCGCCGCAGCUCACGGAGGAUCAGAUCACCGAAAACCGUCUACUGGCUGGACAACCGCCCGGCACCGUUAUAAAGACCGUUACUGCUCAGGUGAUGCAGACCAGUAGUGGACCUAGAAUAGUUCUCCAAGGUCUGCACGGCUAUUCCCUUACGCCUCAACAGCUAGCUUUAGUCCAACACCAAGUUAAGCAGCAGUUGUUGAAAGCGCAAGAAUCGACGGGGAAGCAAGGCAUGCUGGGCCCCAUGAAGAUGUACCUGGCGGUGCAGCCGCCGCCGAGCGCGCCGCCGCCGCUGGCGCCCGUGGCGCCGCAAGCGCUGCACCCCAUCCCCCUCCCCACGCACCAGGACGCUAACGAAGAAGACAUAAAGCGUGAACCGCUGGUAAACGGCGAGGAUAGCGUGGCUGAAGCUACCAGCCACAAAGAGGCCACUCCUUCCAAACCAGAGGAUAUAACGCAAAAUAAUACCAAGACGGAUAUCGUUAAUUCUAAUCAGGACGUUAUUGUGCAAACCAACAAGUUCGUGCUUACUCCCGACUACAUUCAACAGACUAUCAAAAGCGCGUUAAAGCAGGAGAAUCUCAACCCCGAGAUCGAGGAGAAGCUCCUUCAGCUGCAGCGGUACCAGGAGAAACAGAUGAAGCCGGAGUCGAACGCGAUCGCCCUCCAGCCCGAGCGCGAGCCGCGCGUCGUAACCGUGGCGGCGCGCGCGCGCACGCCCUCGCCGCCGCCGCCGCGCCGCCGGCCGCCGCGCGGCGACGACGACGACGACGAGUGGGUGGACAGCAGCCCGCGCAAGCGCAUGCGCGGCGGCCGCGCGUCCCCCCCGCCGCCCGCGCCGCCGCCGCCGCCCGCGCCGCGCGCCGCCCGCGCGCCGCCGCCGGCGUCCGCCCCCGCCCCCGCCCCUGCACCGGCGCCGCCGCCGCCGCCCGCCUCCGCCGCCGACGAGCGCCGGCGCGCCGCCUCCAACCACUCCAGGAUGCAGAUGCUUCUAUUCAAACAUAAAGAGAUGCUUAAAAAGGAUAUUAUCAAGAAGCGUGGGCUCCUGGAAAAGGAGUUGGGCAUCGAAAUACAGAAGGAGCUAUCGGCCGAACUGGCGCUGCGGACGCGCGCCGAGCGGAGCAAGCAAGAGGAGGUGCGCGGCGGCGGCGGCGGCGGCAAGCGGCGCUCCGGCGGCGCGCGCGACAACACGCCGCGCGCCGCCGGCAAGAAGCCGGUCAAGAAGGAGAAGCUGCUGUGCAUCUGCCGGACACCUUAUGAUAACACCAAAUUUUACGUGGGCUGCGAGCACUGUAGCAACUGGUUCCACGGCGACUGCGUGGGCGUGACGGAGGAGAUGAGCAAGACCAUGGAGGAGUACGUGUGCCCCGACUGCCGGCGCGCCGAGGAGACGCAGGAGCUCUACUGCCUGUGUCGGCAGCCCUAUGACAACUCGCAGUUUUACAUUUGCUGCGACCGGUGUCAAGAUUGGUUUCAUGGACGUUGUGUGGGAAUUUUACAAUCGGAAGCGGACAAUAUUGAUGAAUACAUUUGUCCAAAUUGCCAAAAGAAUAAUUCAGUCAAUUAUGCUAAUAUGAAAGAACUCACCAUGAAAGACUUUGAAAACUUAAAGAGGCUUAUAAAGCAAAUACAGUUACAUAAAAAUGCGUGGCCGUUUAUGGAACCUGUGGAUCCUAGAGAAGCACCAACCUACUAUAAAAUUAUAAAGGAACCUAUGGAUUUACAAACUGUGGAACGAAAAGUGAAUGAACAGACUUACAGCAUGUUAAGUGAAUUCAUUGGUGAUAUGACUAAAAUAUUUGACAAUUGUCGGUAUUUUAAUCCUAAAGACUCGGAAUUCUAUCGUUGUGCAGAUGGUUUAGAAGCAUUUUUUGCACAAAAAAUUAAGUACUUUCGUGAAAAAUUAUUUGAAACAACGCAAUGAUAAUAGUGCCAGUGUACAGUGACUAAAGUAAGAUUAAUAAUGUUAAUAUAAUGCAGUGGUAGAAGUGAUGAAGAUGAUUUGUGUAUUUAUAUUAUUCUACAUGAUCUGUAACACUUGUAAAUUGUAAAGUAUGUGAUGGAAUUACAAAGAAUAAUUUAUAUAAAUAAUUUUACAGGUAUCUAACGAGUACAGCAUUGUUUCAUGUUAGGUAUUUAUUGUAUUUAUUACAUGCAUUAUACUUUGAAGCUGAUUCUCUUUAGAUAUAAACGAUAACAGAGAAAAUAUUGCAAUGUAUACAGUUCGUCAGAUACCUUUUAUGUUAGCUAAAAAUAAAAAAAGCUAUUUUAGUUAUUCUAGUUGUACUUAGGGAUAAGUAAACCUACCUUGUAUGUAAGUAAUAAAUUUUUAAUAAUAUACAUCUAGAUGAUGCUUUUCAA